AUGACAACUACUCUUUCCUCCUCUACAACUCCGAGUACUGAUGCUACUGCGACUUCUCCUACGACGCAGAGUCUCGGAGAAGAUUCGCUUAAUGAAUCGCCCUCUUCUAGUACUACGACAACUACUACAUCGACCACCACUGAAGAAGCGACCACGUCCACAACAGUGACAACUACUUUGUCUUCCUCUAAAACGCCGACUACCGACUUCGCCGCGACCUCUACUACGACAGAGAGUCUCGAAGAGGGCUGGGUCGAUGAACUAUCCUCUUCAAGUACUACGACAUCUACUACAUCGACCACUACUGAGGUGCCAGCCUUGGCAGAGGCUGAAGUAGAGGCAAGAAGGGCCCUGCUUAAGGGAAUUAAGCAACGCAAACGGGAUGCAGCUAGGAAGGCCAUAGAGGCCAUGGAUGAGGGAGCGGUAAAAAGGUGGGCGAAGCCUAGGGCACUGCAAGAAUGGUUCGAUGCCGAGCAGGCCAUGGACUACUUCGUAGGUCCAGCAACAGGGGAUGGAGACAGAAGGGAAGGCUCUGCGAAUCACCACAGGGAAGAGGCGAACCAUGGACCAUACUUCGAGAUGGAGAUGGAGACUUUCCGCCGCCUACUAGCUGUCACGCCAAAAGGGCGGGCUCCGGGAGAUGAUGAAUGUGCAUACGAACAUGUUCGAUACGCGGUGGAGAGCUCCAGCAACUUUCGCGGAGAAAUCUGGGAAGUGAUGAAGGCAUCGGUGCAACUAGGGGUCUUUCCCCGAGCCUUCAAACCUGUGAGACUGGUGUUGAUACCCAAACCCUCCAAAGGAGUGGACCAAGGGAAUGGCCUAGCAGAGAACCCGUGGAAGAGAUGGCGUCCAAUAUCGCUGCUCAGGGUCUUGGGCAAGGUUCUGGAAAAGGGAGCUGAUACAGAGGAAGUACGCGUCGAGAGGAGACAGGGACUGGGCAAGGAAGAGUAG